GCUUAUUCUUGCGCUAAAACAUGAACUUUUGCAAUUUUCCACGCUGGGGAACACUUUUGCGUGCUGCAUCUCGGCUUCGGCCCAUUGAUGUUAGGCGUAGCAAUUUGUGUUUGACUUGUGCACGGCUGCAUAUUUCUGGAACUGGACGAGAAGGGUCUCCAUCAUCUCCCGCCUCCCUUUCGAAUGGGGAUGACACGCGGGCAUGGUUCGCGCGCCAGGCGGAGCAGUCCGUCGUUCGCGGGCAGAACUCCAAGGAGGCUGCGGCGUACUUUCACGAUAUGUUGGAUGAUCAGCCGGAACUGGUGCAAUUUCUCAAAGAGGCACGGCUACUACUGCGUGAUCAAGACCCUGCGGGGCUUACACCCUACCAACGUGGUCUAUUCCUAGACCGCUUUGGGCAAUACGCAGCUGUAAAGGUGAGCCAGCGCCUGCAGCGAGCGAGGAGAGAGGAGGAAGCUGGCAAGCGCUUCACUCAGGAAGGGCGUCCAACAGGAGAUCAGUACUGGUUGGAAUCGGGCAAUACGUUGUCUUUACUCGAAGUGCCUAAUUAUGUCAAGGACGAGAUUCUAAAGGAUAUGUGCAAGGAUCGACCUGAGGACAGUCCGGCAUAUGAAGAGCCACAGGAAAUCGAAAAAAUGGCGGCCCAGAACAAUGAAUUUGCUGAGCACAUGCGAAAGCAAAGACUCAAGCGGUUAAGUGGGGUCGAAAAUUCUGGAAAAGUGGAUUAAGGCUUCCGUGGAUGGCUGAGGAGUAAGCGUGUGAUUUGAGUGCUCUUUAGGUAUAAUCCGACUGUGAUGACUUCUGGACUUAGAUGUGGAACUGCAAUACUAGAAUAUCCAGGUAGGAUGAAGCCAACUGAAUCAAAAUAAUAGUCAUGACUGCUUCGUUCUAUUAAGAUGUCAACAUUUUACUGAACAUCUUAAUGUGCAUGUGUAUUGCUUUCUCUCUCUCUCUCUCUCUCCAUAUGUUAUCCAUAUGUCUAUAUAUAGUUAUAACGUUUUGCUAGAUGGAGUGAUUUACCUCUGAAGUAGUGUAAAUACCAGUGCAUCAAGGAAUGAGGUGCGUGUCCAUUGCUCUCUUCUUUUGCAGCUUUUGUACUAUUACUACCAGGUUCCUAUUCCUAUUAUAUGCAGCUGUUCUUUGGUUCUGUGUGACAAUAAGCUUCAAUAAGGUACAUGGGUAUCUGUGCUUUAUCUGAACAAAUUUAACUGAUAGAAAAAAGUGUGUCUUUCUAAGUCAUGCCGCUAUAGGAGAUUUUUUGUUAGCUUAGCAUGAAUGGCUCUCUCUGCUUGCUAUCCCACACUGAUAUCAUAAUUCGACUCAACUAAUCCCAUCAGUCUUGAAUAUGUGGAUGCUGAGCGUGAGAAGCAUUAAAUUUUGGAGAUCGUAGAAUACACAUGAACUGGAAA